AUGCUGCAGCCGAUACUAGAAGGUCGAUCGCGAAAGUAUAUGCAGCUCAAUCUACUUCUGUGUGACAUCGAAAACACGCACCAAUCAUUGCUGAGCCUUGCUGGGGAAGGCGUAUGUGAAGACCGAAUUGAGACCUACAUAUUCUGGACAUAUACGUGCAAUGUUGAGACCACGCUGCUUCUGAUCAACAACCUCUGGCCCACCGCCCUCGAAGGCAGUCUUGAUAUGCUCAUCUGGCUCAUUUCCAUCGAGCAAAAUCCCUAUUCCAUGUUGUUGGAUAGGCUCAGACGGCGUAUCAAGGAAUUCUUCCCUCGCCAAGUCGAACGGUUGCAUGAGCAAAGUGGCAGCACAUUGACAAGCCUGAAAAGAUUUUUUGACCUGCUGUACUACCAAGAAAUGACGAAUCCUUCCCUAUCGGGUUUGAGACAACACGUUGCCAAAUGGAUGGUGUGCCACAGCGAUGAGUUGCUUCAGAGGUCUCCCUUAGUGAGGAGUCUGCUUCGGAUGCUUCCUGGCUUCAAAUACAUGUUUGCCAAAGCGUGGGCCGAAAUUCGACCUACCCGUCUCCCACAUCGCUGGGUUGACGCGCUGGAAGGGAAAUCCAUCAGGUCGAUUGCUAUUGCUACUGCUUCCGAUGACCCUGCAGAUUUCGAUGGGUUUGAUGCAUGGGAGCAGAGUGCAAAACGACGGAAAUUAGACCCUAGUUAUGAUGAAAAGAAACCGGCCCUUGAUCCCGCGCCUACACAGACGAAAAGCGUUCGUUUUCUGGAGAGCAACUACCCAAGGGUUGAUCCGCUGACAGACUUGAUGAGACCACGAUAUACUUCACCUGGCCCUUGA